UUGGGUCGAGCACGCAGACGAAAGUCACUUUCUACCCUACCCCACGCAUGGACGCCUUCCUCAAUGGUGGACCACAAGGGACGGUCAUACGUGUCCCCAACCCGAGGCAGGACACAACUGUCACAAGCCUCAUGGGCAUUGUACAGCGGAACGCGGAGGAGGAGGAGGCUGAGCGACGACGAGAAGCUGACGGCGUGGUAGAGGGCUUUCCGGAUGAAGACGGGUCGAGCGACGAAGAGCCUACAAAAGAGUCUUCUCGCUCCUCAUCUGACAGUCACUCCUCCCCACGUACUGUCAGGCCGAGAAAACGUCCACGCAGAGGCACACUCCCUACGCGCAACCCGCCUCGAGCCCCACCCGCAUCCGGACGAACUGCUGGUACAGCAGGUGCAGACGAGGCUGACCUGACCAAGCUUGAGAAGGAGAUGAUGGGCGAGCUCCUGUGCUCGAUGUGCUACUUGCUUCUGUACGAGCCUGUCACGACGCCCUGCCAGCAUACAUUUUGCGCAAAGUGCUUGCAGAGGAGUCUUGACCAUGGCACCGCUUGCCCGCUCUGCAGGGAGGAGAUGCCCGGGUUCUCGUACCACCAAGAUCACGCGAAUAACAAGGUUGUCUUAUCCCUCAUACUCACUGCCUUCCCCGAGGCGUACAUCGAGCGCCGUACCCAGCUCGAACAAGAAGGUCGUAAUUCGCGACUCGACACGCCCAUUUUCUAUCCUCUCCUCGCCUUCCCCAGCACGCCUACAAUGCUUCAUCUCUUCGAGCCUCGCUAUCGGCUCAUGCUCCGGCGCGUAAUGGAAGAUCGUACCUACCGAUUCGGUGCCAUUGCACAGUCCCGCACUCAUUCAGAGGGAAUGGAGUACGGGACGAUGAUGGAGAUCCGCUCAGUGCAGAUGUUCCCCGAUGGACGGUCGAUGCUAGAGACCGUAGGAACAUGGAGGUUUAGGAUCGUCGAGCGCGGUUUAUUGGACGGAUACAUCGUCGCUAAGAUAGAGAGGAUCGAUGAUUAUCCGGGAGAAGUAGAAGUUGAGGUCGAGCAAAGUGCGCUGCCCUUCACACCUGGGCUCCCGCUCGCCAGGGCUCCCACACCGCCUAGCGCUCUCGUGACCCCCACAAGCGAGGAGCCGGCGCCGUUAACGCUCCCCGUGGCGCUGUCGGAAACGUCACCCCUCCUUGCAGAAGUGCCCAACCCGACGAUAGACGAGCUCAUGGACAAGUGUCGCGCAUUUGUGCACACUCUGAGGAGCGGCAGUGCUCCUUGGGUCGUACAGAGGCUGGAUACGACUUACGGAGAUGCCCCUACGGACCCAUCGGCUUACUCCUUCUGGAUCGCAGCUAUCAUGCCAAUAGAUGAAGCGGAGAAGGCUAAGCUCCUCCCGAUCCGAUCGACUAGACUCAGGCUGAGACUGAUCGUUCACUGGAUCGAGCAACUGAGCAACAACUGGUGGUUCUCUAAUGGUUGUGUGAUCGCCUGACUCGCUUGACCCCCGGUGACUGGGCGAUGUGGAAAUGGAGGUGGUCUUACGUAUCUUGGCAGCCCUUUCUGCCUGUCUACUCCAAUCUCGAUCCGGUUCACUCACCUUGUCCAAACUCGCAAUUGUACACUCACCGCAUCCCAGCUCGUACAGAUCUGUCUCUUCCUUUCACCUCAUUUCCCUUGCCAUCAAACGCCGAUCUGUACAAGCCAGACACAUGCCAACCUUCGUUCUUAUUCUUGUUCUUCUUCCCACUUCUUCGUUCGCACGCUCCGAUCCCCUCUGCACUCCGAUCCUUCUUCCUUCUUCCGGUGAUCAUGUAUCGAUAUGGGGUCCGAAUCCCAGAGUCGGUUCCCUCUCGUCUCGUCAUUUCUUGGCCAAAUUUCACCUCUGCAUCCAUUCCUCCAGUCCAGUCCAUCCAAUUCAAUCUUGGGAAUCCCGGGUCUCAAUCUACCAUUAAUGGGUCUUCCGUCCACUGUUGUGUAAAACGAGCAAAAAAGCCUGCACCACGCACCACAUGUCACUCCUUUCCCUCUCCAUCUGCACACUCAUGUCAUACCUACACCUAAUCAAACGCACUUUU